AUGUCCGAAGUCGCUGAUCCCAGUCUGAAGAAGCGCAAGCUGCAGGAAGGUCCUGAGCUUGAAAUCGAUGUGUCUGCGCCAGAGCCACCCUCGAAGAAGGCUUUGCGUAAAGCAAAGAAGGGUAAGGGCGAUGCAGCUGAUGGUGAAGAGCCCAAGGCGAAGUCUGAGCCCAAGUCCGAAAAAGAAAGCACUCAGGACAAGCGGUCCGAAUACGGUGUUUGGAUUGGAAACCUGUCGUUCAAUGUGACCAAGGACGAUCUGCGCCGAUUCUUUACCAACGAUACCUCCAUUGAAGACGCUACUAUCACUCGCAUUCACCUUCCCAAGGGUCCCGAAAAGUUCGGGCGCUCUCAGAACAGAGGCUUCGCCUACGUCGACUUCACCGACAAGAAGGCUCUGCAAGAGGCAAUUGGCCUUAGCGAGCAGCUCAUGACCGGCCGCCGCGUACUUAUCAAGGAUGCAAAGAGCUAUGAGGGCCGCCCUGCUAAGUCCGAGAGCCAAGGAUCCGGCGCCGAGGCUUCCAAGUCUGGCCACCCUCCCUCCAAGCGUCUCUUCGUCGGCAACCUCAGUUUCGAUGUGACCAAAGAACUUCUCGAAGAAAACUUCUCUCGCUGCGGAACAGUCAACAACGUGCAUAUGGCGACGUUCCAGGAUACUGGGAAAUGCAAGGGAUAUGCGUGGGUGGAGUUCGAAGAGCUCGCUGCCGCGGAAGCAGCGGUGAGAGGAUUCACACUCAUUAAGGAGGAGGACGAGGAAUCAGACUCAUCUUCCGAAAGCGAGAGCGACGCAACCUCUGAGAAGAAGGCUAAGAAGACAAGGAAGCCCAGGAUGCGCAGGGUGUGGGUCAAUCAGCUCAUGGGCCGCCGCAUGAGAAUGGAGUUCGCAGAGGAUGCCUCUACACGAUACAAGAAGCGUUUUGGAAAGGACGCCGAGAAGAAGGAUGGUCCCGCAAUCACCGAAGUCGACGGCGAAUCACGAGAGAAGCCCCGACACCAGAAGAAGAGACGUCCUUCGAUCGACGAGUCUCGUUAUUCCAAGGAAACCGUGCAAAAGCUCAGCGGUGCUAUUGUCGAAGGCCAAGGUCAGAAGACUACAUUCGACUAA